GUAUUUACUCGUUUUUUGUCGGAAAGUAUAAAAGAAAGGCUGAAGCAAUGGCUAAGGAAAAACAAAGUGGAACCGUCGCGGAUAAGGGAAAUAAAAAGAUAACCAUAAUAGGGAAGGGACAAGAAAAUUCAUGUCCAGCGGUUCAAGUUAUUCGAGAAAGAAAUAUUGGUGUAGUGAUAUGCGAUGAGCAGGACAUUAAUCUCAUGCGCUUGCGUGCGGUAAUGUUACAAGCCAAAGCUGGUUUCUUUGUUUAUACAUUAAAAAGUUUGGUAUUGAUUUUACUCUUUAUUGUUGGAAAGGCUGAAGCAAUGGUUACGGAAAAACAAAAAGGAACACUAGCGGAUAAGGGGAAGAAAAAGAUAACCAUUGCAGGGAAGAGAAAAGAAAAUUCAUGUCUACUGGUACCCAACAAUAAUGUGCCAUCAAAAGUUGCACUGGCCCAACGUGCACGACAGGAUCGAGAAAGAAAUGAAAGACUAUGUUCUGCAUCGCCACGUGAAAGAGGACAACAAUUGCGACGAGAAAGAGAGUGGAUUAUUCAACCGUUACAACCUAUAAAUUUCCCUCCUCUAACACCAUGCCACCGCCCCUACUCUUGCUUUGAACAACGAACAAAUCAAACCAAUGUCAAUCCGUCGCACCAAAACGGCAAUUGGUUACACACCCUUCUCUUUGUCCAAUCUUUGUACGAAGCACAUCUUACGCUCCACAAAGGCCUACCCCUACCAGUGAAUUGCUUCAGGAGGAUGCAUGUGCUAAUGAUGGUGUGGAGGGUGUUCCUCCAAGGGUUACACACCCUUUCAUUUGUCCCACCUCUGUACCAAGCACCUCUUAUGCUCCACAAAGGUACUAAAAAUAUUGAUUGCAUAAUCUGGAUGACUUAAUUCUCUUAAUGUGUUAACCUUAAAUUUUUUUAUG